CUGCAAUGUUUCGCUCAAGCACAAGCCCUGCACUUAGGCAUACCCGCCAGCAGCCUGUACGCACUUACAUAACACACAGAAAGGAUGCGAAAUAUAGUGAAAUAGGGGCAAAUAUAGGUCUUAGAAUGCAUAAGCAAUCAUCCUUGGACUAUAGGAGUGGGUUAGCAACAACACCACUACCACUACGACGAGGAUAUAACACGUACCAUGCAAUGAUCAGCGAGAGCGAGAGCGAGUUGAGCUCGGGCCACCACGACCCUUCAGAAAGCAGGUUCAAUCCGAACACUCUUUCGACUAUGAAUAGUACAGUUGACAGCGAUUCAGCAACAACAGCUAUAGCCACACACCAGGUGAACCCAGAUACAGCGAAUGUGAUAUCACUAGGUUCGAAUUCGAAUACGAAUAUGAAUACAAGUAAAGGGCCUGGUGUAAACGAUAUAGAUAGAGCUGUAGGCGGUGUGAAUGGUAGUGUGAGGGAAGUUUGUGGUUGGAAUCCGGAUGGGGAUGGACAUGCUACAGAAUUGAAUGCCCCCAACGAACAAAAACGAAGUUCAUGGUCACCAAGGGGGAGACGAGAGAAAGACAAUCAGAACCCCUUGAAACUAAACUUGAGAAUUCACCCAGAAGCUAAGAAUGUUUUGGGAGCGCACCAGUCCUUGCCGAGUUUCCGGAGAGAUGUUGAUGCCAUAUUCGCAGGCAAGGGGUCGAAGAGGAAGCUGGACGAGGACUUGCUGAUCAAUGCGCUCAACAAUAUCCGCAAACGGCUGGCCAUAUCCCCCACUUAUCGACUCGAGGAGUUCAACAGACUUGUGAAUCGGAUGCGGAGAGCGAAUGUUAAAUUCAGCAAGAACAUUUACACGGAAUUGACAAAUGUCGGCUUUGAGAUCGACGUCAGCGGUAAGACCGGAUUCCACUACAUGACCGAGAUGAAAAAGCACGGUCACGCGGUCGAAGGAGAGCCCUACUUCUACUGUCUCAGUCAUUUGGCAGAGAAGGGAGAGAUUAAGACGGCUGAGCGCAUCCUGACUGAGAUGGAGAAAGCAGGCACCGCCACUGAAGAUUGCUACAUCCCAAUCAUCCAAGCCUUGGUGAAAAAUGGUAGGGAGAAAGACAGAAUUAACUACAUCUUCGAGCGCGCGCGGAAGGCCGAUGUUCUGUUGGGCGUCAAGACAUACACACAGUACAUCGCCGCCAUAGCUGAGAAUCCUCAUCUCGGGCUGGGAGAGAUAGUUAGUGUGUGGGACAAGAUGAGUAAUAUGGGCUUGGCUCAGAACAGUCAUACAGCUCGUACAGCCAUCAAUGCCGCUGAGAAUAUGUCAGAUCUCAAGGUGGUAGUGAGAAUGGCUAAAAAAGCCCAUGUGCUUGAAGAUGCAUACGUCCAACGAGCUCUAGUGUAUUCCUAUGCGAACUUGUAUGCGUUGAAGGAUGUCAGGCGCAUGCUUCUACAAACACACUUAGACAACCAUGGGCAACCGAGAAAACUGGCUGAUUUCGAGGGCACGAUGGCCGGUGUGCUUACUCGCCUGGGGAACAAAGGCAAUGCCCAGGCCAAAGCAGAGGCCACAACCUUUCUGUACAACUUGGUACGGGAGGAGCACAUUCUGGUCAACCAGAAGUUCUGCACGCAGAUGAUGAUGUACUUCACCAAAGCCCAACAGUACAGCAAGACCAAAGAAGUGUUCGAAUUACUAAAAACCAUGAAGGGUGGCUACGACACCCAUGCCGCCAACGCCAUGAUCCACCAACUAUCAAUCGAGGGGAAGAUCACCGACGCCGUCGAGCUGAUGGCUGAGGUGAGCCGCAACCCAAACUGUGCCUUGGACCAGUUUACGAUCGCACCCAUCAUCAACGCCGCCGCCAAAACCGACAACGCGCCCAUGGUAGCCAUGCUGCGCCAGCUCAGUAACCAGCACCAACUGCCGCGGUUCUAUACCUCACUGCGCGCUGAGUUUGAUAUGCACGUGCGGAUGGAGAACUUUGAUAUGUUGCUGCCCAUCAUUCAGGAUAUGAGAGAACUCAACCGGCCUUUCAGUGCCGAUGUGUGUGAGAUCAUGAUGAAUCUGAAUCUAAAACGCAACAAUUACACGGGUGCGAUGACGUGGUUUGGAAAGGCCAUCAGUCAUGACGCCCAUAUUCCCAGCAACGCGUACCACUGGAGUCCGGAAGUGUAUGUCGAGGCACAUCGAGCAAUAGGCGUUGCGCUGGCAGACGCGGGGAUACUUGAUGGCUACGCUGAACUCGUACCCAAUCAAUUGCAUGGCCAGGACGAGGAAGAGGUGCUAGUGAUGCAGGACUUUGUACCGCAGCCUCAAAGACAUGAACAGGCCGUCCGUCAAGUGGCUAACAGACGUGAGCGUCGUUCGCAUGCGAAGCGAGGUACUCCCCUUGCGGAUACGCAAAAAGACAUCAUUCAUGUGGACGCACCGAAGGUUACCGAACAUAACGCUGCACACAGGAUCAGUCCGAAGAAUAGUCAGGCACGGCCGAUGGCGCAGAAAACCGAACCCCUGCAUGCCGGUAGAGGGGUGUGGCGAACAAAUUACACGCCUAUGACUAUGGUGGCACGAGAUGGGCAGAAGGCUUCACCGCUGGUGGUGUAUGGCGACGACUUAUUAGCUGAAGGACAGACGGAGAUUUACCACCAUGACAUACACGAGGCGCGGCAAAUCAUGAAACUCUACCGUCAGCUCAAAGAAACCGAUCCGGAGAAUCCAGUAAUGAGCACGCAUGAGCUGGAAGAGACACGCGAGCUAUCCAGGGUAGGACGUGAUUUUGUCACUUGGGCUGUGGAGGCUGCAGCGGUUCCUGCUGAUCAAAGACAACCGGCACCAAAGACAAGUACGGAAGAGCGCCGCAAUCACACCAACAGCGUUUCACAGAACUCUGAUGCGGUGGCAGAAGCGCGUGCUGAUGAGGAGAUGCUUACUUUGGAGUCCGCCACCCAUCAGCCAGUCACAGAGGUGCUAAAAGUGUCAAGCAAGUCCAAUAAUAAGACACGUGUGUCCCAAAAUACGACACAGGAGAAUGUUAGUGCCACUGCUUCGAUGGGCACGAAUGGUCAGCCACACGCAGAGAGUGUUGCUACAAAGAGUGUUGCUGCGGCUCGUCCAGUAGCACCUACCAGCACUGCACCUCAGCCAGGCACACGUGGCAGUGUAGAGGAUCAGCCAAGUGCACAUAUACCGGAUACAACCCGGUCUCGGCAACCAGAAGCGACACAACACGUCGCCGGCGACCGUAAUGGGCCUGAGCCUGAUAGUCGAACAAGUGCGGUUGAUGUUGGUACGGCCCACACGGCUUUGGGUACGACAGGGGGGGGGAGUUGA